AUGAAGUACGGCAUUACCGCCCCCUAUGGUGAGGAGUACAACACGAUUGUUUUAUCUAUUAUGUCAUAUAAUGGAGGUGCCGUCAUGGCGAUGCGGGGAAAGGACUGUGUGGCGAUAGCAGCAGCGAGGUUUGGCGUCCAGGCUCAGCUGGUUACCACCGACUUCCAGAAAUUAUUCCCCAUGGGAGAUCGACUCUUCAUCGGGCUGGCAGGUCUUGCCACAGAUGUACAGACAGUAUCUCAAAGGCUGAAGUUCCGCUUGAACUUGUAUGAGCUGAAGGAGGGUCGUCAGAUCAAGCCGAAGACCUUCAUGAGCAUGGUGUCCAAUCUUCUGUAUGAGAGGAGGUUUGGGCCGUACUACAUUGAGCCUGUGAUUGCUGGUCUGGACCCAAAGACCUUUGAACCCUUCAUCUGCUCCCUUGAUCUUAUUGGAUGCCCAAUGGUAACAGAAGACUUUGUCGUGAGCGGCACUUGCUCAGAGCAGAUGUACGGCAUGUGUGAGUCGCUAUGGGAACCUGACAUGAAACCAGACGAUCUGUUCGAGACCAUCUCACAGGCCAUGCUGAACGCUGUUGACAGAGACGCCGUGUCUGGAAUGGGAGUCGUCGUUCAUGUCAUUGAGAAGGAUAAGAUAACCACACGCACCCUGAAGGCCAGGAUGGACUAGAGAAAACUGCUGCUGUUUCCUCUCCUACAACCCCAUUUGUUUUUUUUGUACUGAAAUAGAAUUUGCCUCGUUCCACUUGUCAUCAUUAAGAUUGAAUUGUUCAAUAAAACUUUCUGAUAUUUA